UGGUCCCUACCCCCUCCUACCCGCUGCGGCUCCACCGGGUUCGGCCCUUCCCGGACACCGUCGCCCGCGCUCUCGUCCCGGAGUCCGGCCGCGACCUCUCCUGGCGGCAUGGCCAGCUCAGAGGCUGAAUGGGUAACAAUUGCCAAUAACCUUCUUACUAAAUGUCACAUACACUUGAGGAUACAAAGACUUGAAGACUGUGAUGCUAAUGUUUUUAUUGCACUUUAUCAAUCCAUUUUGGGAGAAAAGGUACCAGACCUCAUAGUUAUCCCCAAGAGUCAAGAAGACGAUGCCCACAAUGCACAAGCAGUGAUUGAUUCACUAGCUUUGGAUUACCUCCAGGUCAGCCUGUCUCACAUAACAGGAGAAAACAUAGUGAAAGGGGAUAAGGAAUCUAUCAGGAAUCUCCUAGAAAUAUUUGAUGGGUUGCUGGAGUAUCUGACAGAACACGUCAGUGAAACGUCUUACAACAAAAGUGAAACUGAACAGUAUUUUAAAGACUUUCAUGGAGGAGAACGUGUAGAAGAGCAUAUGAAGAAACCCAGAUCGCUGGGGAAAAAUUUUUCUUUUGAGAGGUGUUCCUCGUCAUGUGAUGCUUUGGGCCAUACCUGGGAUGAAGAUGACGCUGAAUCCACAGGUGAAAUAAUUAGACUCGGAGAUACCGCACACACCUUUUCCCUAAGAAGUAAUGGUGCUCAAAAUUCUAUGGACUUACAGUCUAGAAAAGCCUUGGUGUCACCAAGCACUAAACAAUGGGAGGAAGUGCUGGGCCCUGGUUCAUCAGGUUUUCUACCUGAAAAUGGGACAUCUUUUGAAGAAGCAGCAGACAUUCCUUCUGAGAGAAUGUUUACAAGUGCCAAGAAGUUAGGUGAGCCGAUCCGAGCUGCCAUUCCCUUACAUCCCCCUUACCAUCCUUCUGAGCCUCGAGCACCUUGUCCUAUAGGGAAGGAAUUCCUCCGCUCAGGUCACUGCUGGGCUGCCGUGACUUCUGGAGAGUCUGCGGCACUUUCUAUGGAACCAGAUGAUAAAACUUUCUUAACUUCAACAUUCUCUAAAGAUGAUAAACAGGAAACCUGUCUAUCUUUGACUCAAAGCCCCUGGACAAGGAUGCUUCCUGAAGGAAAAAGAAACGAGACCAGAGCUGUGGCCUCCCCAGAGUCCCCGCCUGUCCCUCGGGAGUUCAGGACGCAUCUAACAGAACAAGAACUGCAUGCAAUGUCAGAGAAGCUCUCUCGGCGGCUCUUUGAACUAGACUGGAUGUUAAAAAAUGCCCUGAGUGAUCAAACAACAGACAAGACUGAUGGCAAAGAUGACGGUCCUGAAGAUGAAGAGGUGCCCAGUGGAAAUGAGGAGAUACUCUCGCAGCAUAGUGACAGCAUUAUGGAGUAUGGACCAAAGAAGCCUAGGCCAGGAUUUUCCACGUACAGAAAGGCACCCUACAGGUCCCAUUCACUGUCGCCAUGUUCCGUAAACAAACACAGACAAUUAGAAAAAGAGAGAAAAAAGCAGCACAAGUCUAAAGGGACAGACACCCACCAACACCAAGCAAAGGUAUUAACUGAAGCAUUUGAACGGGAACUAAGAAAAAAUAAAGUUCAAGAGAACAUUAGACUUCGAGGGAUAAGUGACAGUGAUGAGGAGGAAACAGAAAAAACAUACAGAGAAGCCAUUUCUAAAGGAACUCCAAAACACAGUCAGGUCCAGAAGACUUGCUCCAGAAAAUCUGCAGCUCCAAGUCCAAAAGGUGGUUUACUGAAGUCAAGAAAGGCAGCUCCAAUGAAAGUAAAUGAAUACAGUCUCUUGCCCCUGAUGCUGGAACAGUUUCCAUUUCUCUAUGUUUCUGAUCCAACACUGACCAAAAUGUGGAAGCAGCAAAUUGCACAGGUUGAACAACUCAAAAGGGAAGCACAGAGAGAAAACCGAUCAAAGAAGAAACUCCAGGACGAAAUAGAGGAAGCCCUGAGAAGGCAUGACCUCCUUACUGCUCUUGUCAAGAAAGAGUAUGAACAUAACAAGAGACUGCAAGACUUCAAGGACCGAAUUCAUAGACAAAAGUUGACCCAAUCAAAGAUAAAAGAAAAUCAUCAGCAAACUGUUCGUGCCCGGAAAUAUUAUGAUGAUUACAGAGUUCAGUUACGUGCAAAAAUGAUGAGGAUGAGAACCCGGGAAGAAAUGAUCUUUAAGAAACUGUUUGAAGAAGGUUUACAAAUUCAGAAGCAAAGACUACGAGACCUAAGGAACUAUGCCAAAGAGAAACGCAAUGAAGAAAAGAGACAAUACCAGAAUGAGCUGGACUCCAUGGAAAACUACUACAGAGACCAGUUUUCAUUGCUGGCAGAAGCCAUAUCACAGGAACAUCACAGACUCAAAGCCAGGGAGAAAUCCCAGGCUCAGAUGUUACAUAAGGUGAAGAGGGACCUGAGAGCUAAGAUGGAGAAGGAAAUUCAGCAAUUGCAGCAUAUACUGACCCAGAAUGACGAUGACGCUUUCUUCCGGGAACUAGAAGCUGAGCGCUUCAGAGCUCGGCUGCAGAUGGCUUCCUUCCAGUACAGUAAAAAUCCUUUCUCAAGAGGCCAAACUUCAUAGAGCCCUUAAUAGUACGAACAGAGCCAGACCUGAGCCAGUAAACAGUCUAAACCAGAAUAUGCCUUAUUUAUGUAUUCAUGCUAAAACUUAGUUUCUUAAAAAUAAACUUUUUCUUAAAGCUUA